GUCGUUCGCCGCAGAUCCUGGCGCCCGGGAAGAAGUGGUAGUGAAGGGAACGCGCUCUCGGCGGUUCGGUGCCGGAGGCUUUAGCGGAAGGAGGGAGCGGGGAGAAGAAAGAAUCUUCUGCAGCCGCGUCCUGCCACUGUCCAGCUGACCUCCGCGCGACGUCCCCGCCGCUGCUGUUGGUUGGAGCAUUUGACAUUGUGCAGCAAAGAAAUGGUUAUGGAGAAACCCAGUCCGCUGCUUGUAGGGCGGGAGUUUGUGAGGCAAUACUAUACUUUGCUGAAUAAAGCUCCAGAAUAUUUACACAGGUUUUAUGGCAGGAAUUCUUCCUAUGUUCAUGGUGGAGUAGAUGCUAGUGGAAAGCCCCAAGAAGCUGUUUAUGGUCAAAAUGAUAUACAUCACAAAGUAUUAUCUCUGAACUUCAGUGAAUGUCAUACUAAAAUUCGUCACGUGGAUGCUCAUGCAACCUUGAGUGAUGGAGUAGUUGUUCAGGUCAUGGGCUUACUGUCUAACAGUGGACAACCAGAGAGGAAGUUUAUGCAAACGUUUGUCCUGGCUCCUGAAGGUUCUGUUCCAAAUAAGUUUUAUGUUCACAAUGAUAUGUUUCGCUAUGAAGAUGAAGUGUUUGGUGAUUCUGAACCAGAACUCGAUGAAGAGUCAGAAGAUGAAGUAGAAGAGGAGCAAGAAGAAAGGCAACCAUCUCCUGAACCUGUUCAGGAAAAUGCCAGUAGUGGUUACUAUGAAGCUCACCCUGUGACUAAUGGCAUAGAGGAACCUUUAGAAGAAGCCUCUCAUGACCCAGAACCUGAGCCAGAAUCUGAAACAAAAACUGAAGAACUGAAACCACAAGUGGAGGAGAAAAACUUAGAAGAAUUAGAGAAGUCUAUUUCUCCUCCUCCUGCGGAACCUGUUUCUCUACCACAAGAACCACCAAAGGCUUUCUCCUGGGCUUCAGUGACCAGUAAAAACCUGCCUCCUAGUGGUACUGUUUCUUCCUCUGGAAUUCCACCCCAUGUUAAAGCACCAGUCUCACAGCCAAGAGUUGAAGCUAAACCAGAAGUUCCAACUCAGCCACCUCGUGUGCGGGAACAACGGCCUCGGGAACGACCUGGUUUUCCUCCUAGGGGACCAAGGCCUGGCAGAGGAGAUAUUGAACAGAAUGAAUCUGACAACCGUAGAAUAAUUCGCUAUCCAGACAGUCAUCAACUUUUUGUUGGUAACUUGCCACAUGAUAUUGAUGAAAAUGAACUGAAAGAAUUCUUUAUGAGUUUUGGAAACGUUGUGGAACUUCGCAUCAAUACCAAGGGUGUUGGGGGAAAGCUUCCAAAUUUUGGUUUUGUGGUUUUUGAUGACUCUGAACCAGUUCAGAGAAUCUUAAUUGCAAAACCAAUUAUGUUUCGAGGGGAAGUCCGUUUAAAUGUGGAAGAGAAAAAGACAAGAGCUGCAAGAGAACGAGAGACCAGAGGCGGUGGUGACGAUCGCAGGGAUAUUAGGCGCAACGACAGGGGGCCUGGUGGUCCACGUGGAAUCGUGGGUGGCGGAAUGAUGCGUGACCGUGAUGGAAGAGGGCCUCCUCCAAGAGGUGGCAUGGCGCAGAAACUUGGCUCUGGAAGAGGAACCGGACAGAUGGAAGGCCGCUUCACAGGACAGCGUCGCUGAAGCUCCACUGUUGGCAGAGUCUUGGCAGUGGUAUACUAUUCAUCGUGUUUGCAUUCUUGUUCUUUUUUUUUUUUUUUUUGGCUUUGGAAUGUGACACAGCCUUUUUGAUCAUUUCUUUGAUGUGAAAAGCAUCUUUUGUUUAUCGGUUAAAUUGAGGUGGAAAUUAUUUCCCCAAUUCCACAACAGGAUUCACAUUGUUAAUUUAUAAAUUUAGACUUGGAGAAUUGCGGACUGAGAAAUGUCCAUACCUUAAACAGUCUACAACAAAAUGAACUAUAAUCCCAACUGAAUUCAGGGCCUUGAGUCAAAAAAAAAAAAAUCCUCUGCUGCACAUUUUGUUUUAAGUGUGACUGUUUCUGCCUAUUAAUGUUAGAAACACAAAUAAUGCAAUUUGUGCAAUUGGGGAAUCCUGCCUUUUUUUCCUUGACUCCCCCUCAAAAUACAAACCAAGAGAAACUCGUGACGCACUCAUCCAAAUGCACUCAUGAACUCGUUAAUACUGACAUCUGCAGCAGGAGGCAACAGGGGGAAAGUGCAUCUUUUUCAGUAAAGAAUAGUUGGUGAGAUGAUGAGGGCGUUUUAUCUGCUUGCUGUGACCAGCGUGUGUACUCAUAAACCUUAACAAGACUACAAGUAUACUCCAGAAGGAAACCAUUUAGUUAUGAACUUAAUAACACAAUUCAGAACUUCAGAAGCUUGGUCUUGAAUAUUAGACCAGGUUUAGUAGCUCCAUAUCUAAGAUUUUUCUACCUGCCCCUCUUCAGUACAGGGAUGGCUGGCUGCUCAACACACUCCUCCUGCCCCCUUUCCUUUCUUUAUGCUGUGUACAGUGAAAUUGUCUUUACUGUAUUUUUGUUCUCUGGUAAUGUAAUAAGCAUGAUGGUGCCUUCUAUUAAUACAUCAUUCCAGUCUUGCUGGUAUUUUGUACAGUAUAGUGUAUGAAUUGCUGUGCUGCGAAGCCAAACAGCUGCAGAAUGUUGAAAAAUCAUUGAAUUGUAUAAAAAUUGCAGUAUCUUUAAAAUCAGUAAAAUUGACUAGCAUUUUA